AUGGAGGCAAACGAGGCAGCUGCUGCUUCGGAGUCAGACGGAACAGAUGAAUCUCAAAUGGAUUGGGUGUUGAGUUUUGAAGAACAGAGAAAGCAGAUCAUAAUGUUAUGGCAUCUUUGCCACAUCUCAAUCAUACACAGGACGCAGUUCUACAUGCUGUUCAAAGGAGACCCAGCCGAUCAAAUCUACAUGGAAGUCGAGCUCCGGAGGCUGACAUGGCUCGAACAGCACUUAGCCGAGCUUGGAAACGCGAGUGCAGCACUGCUCGGCGAUGAACCAGCCAGCUACGUAGCAUCAAGUGUAAGAGCAUUGAAGCAGGAGAGAGAGUGCUUGGCGAAACGGGUUAACACGAAGCUAGGAGCUGAAGAGAGAGAGAUGCUUUACACGAAAUGGGAGGUACCGCCUGUAGGGAAACAGAGGAGGCAACAGCUGAUCAAUAAGCUGUGGACGGAUCCUCAUAAUUUGCACUUGUCUGUGUAUUGA